CAAAAAAGCCCAAACCCGUCCAAAACCUUCCCCAAAGAAAACCUCGAUGCUCCGUCGCAUCGCCGUGCUACGGCCGCCCCCGCCGCCGCCGCGCGCAGUGGCGGCGGUGCUCGCCGGCGGGUCCGACGCGGGCUACUCCUCCAAGUCCACCUCCCUCCCCCAGAAGCAGCAGCGCGUCCGCGACCACGCCUUCGACGGCAUCAUGGAGGUGCAGAAGCGCGUCCGCCGCUUCCUCGCGCUCCACGCGCUGCUCCUCUACGCCGCCUCCCCCACCGCGCCCUCGGGCGCCUUCUCCGGCGGGGGCAGCGGCGCGGUGUCCGUGGCCUUCUCCCGCCUCGGCGCCCUCUCGCGCCGCCAGCUCCGCCUCGCGCCCCUCGACGCCGGCAACUUCAUGCUGCGCCACCCGCACGCCUUCCACCUCUUCCUUCACCCCGUCCACCGCAUCCUCCACGUGCGCCUCACCCCGCGCGCUUCCGCCGCGCUGCGCCUCGAGGCCGACGCCAUCGCCUCCUUGCGCCCCGGCGCCGUCCUCCGCCUCCGCAAACUGCUCCUCCUCGCGCCCCCGCACCACCGCCUCCGGCUGGAGCACAUCCGCCUCCUCCGCCGCGACUUCGGCCUCCCCGAUGACUUCGCUGACUCCGUCAUCCUGUCUAAUCCCGCCCUGUUCCGCCUCACGCCUGACGACUUCGUCGAGUUUGUGCCCUCCCCUGACGACCCACCCGACCUCACCGUCGCCGCCGUCGAGCGCUCCAGAGAGCGCCACUACCGUGAGCACCGUGCUCCCGGCGCCGGCGAGGAGGACGCGCGCUUCGCGUUCCCCACCCGCUUUCCGCCGGGCUUUAAGAUUGGCAAGUAUUUCCGCAUUGCAGUUUGGAAGUGGCAGCGCCUCCCCUACGCAUCCCCGUAUGCGGACGUCUCUGGCCACGACCUGCGGUCACUGGAGGCACAACGCCGCAUGGAGAAGCGUGCUGUCGCUGCUGUCCAUGAGCUGCUCUGUCUCACUGUCGAGAAGCGUACCACGCUAGAGCGUCUCGCGCUCUUCCGCGACGCCCUUGGUGUGCCAAAGAAGAUUAAAGAGUUCUUGCUUAAGUAUCAGGGGAUAUUUUACAUAUCAACAAGAGGAAACCAGGGGAAGCUGCACACUGUGUUCCUCCGGGAGGCAUACUAUAAAGGGGAGCUUGUAGGUUCCAAUGAGAUACAUGACGCAAGGCGGAAGCUGGAGGAGCUGCUCUUGAUGGGCCGAGAGAAAGCGAAUGUGGAUCGUAUGUUCACCAGCAUGGGUCGUGGAUGGGAUGAGCUUGGUGGUGGUCGUCGUGGAGGAGCAGAAUUGAGGGAGAAGUUUCUUGGGGAUGCAGGUGGCAGAAAGAGGAAAGUUGGUGCUGACGAUGAUGACGAUGGUGCCGAUAGUGGGGAGGACUCAGGAGUUGAAUCACUCUACAUCGAAUGAGGAACAGAACCAUACGACAACACUGAAUGUCAUAUAGUGAAGUCUGACUUCUGAAUCUGGCAUGGGAACCAUAUUGGAAGAUUAAUUUGUCAUGCUAGCAUCUCCACCAUGGUGUAGUGAUCUUGAUUGAUAAGAAUGUUAUAUUCUGAUGUGAAAAUUCGAGUGAGAGGUCUCGUCCUAAACUCGCGGAAACUAUGGAUUGGGGAAGUUAUCACCCUCAAUGCUGCCAUGCAUCUACACUAGAAUGGUUGAUGGAAUCUUCAUUUGCUCAGCAUUAUGCGAAGGAACAAAGACACGAGCAGGAGAACUCCUUUCUGCUCCCAAGCUAAUUUGAUCAGUGUCGUGACUUGUGAGUACUCUAACACAAGGAGUGGAUCUAUUUCAUUCAUUUUACCCAUGGAAAACUGUUUGUGUUACAGAUGGAAUAUCACCGCAUCAACAUUCUGUCAUUCAGUUUUAUGUUUUGCGACAUAUUGUAACCAAACAAUUGAUACUGUAAUCGGUAAGAUGACCUGCAAAUAAAAUUGCUGUCAUUUGCAUCCCUUUUUUGUAUGGCAGCCAAAGAUUAUUUUAAAUUAAUAAAUGAAGAAAAGGCAUUA